AUGUGUUUAAAACGUUAUUCCAUAUCAUUUCAGGACUACCAGGUCCUCAACCUUCUGGGGAAGGGGGCCUUUGCCUGUGUAUACAGGGCAAGGUCCAAUAAAACUGGUGUUGAAGUAGCUAUCAAAAUGAUAGAUAAAAAGUUGAUGAAAGCUGCUGGUAUGGUAACAAGAGUUAAAAAGGAAGUUGAAAUCCAUUCCAGAUUAAAGCAUCCUUCUAUUUUAGAGUUAUAUAAUUAUUUUGAAGAUAAUAAUUAUGUAUAUUUAGUUAUUGAGAUAUGUCAUAAUGGUGAAUUACAGCGCUAUUUAAAAACACAUUGUAAAGUUUUAUCUGAAGAUGAAGCACGUCAUUUUAUGAAGCAGAUUGUUGAAGGAAUGUUUUAUCUUCAUUCUCAUGGUAUUUUACAUAGAGAUUUAACAUUAUCUAAUCUUUUAUUGAGUCGAGAUAAUAAUCUAAAAAUAGCAGAUUUUGGAUUAGCCACACAGUUAUCAGUUCCAGAUGAGAAACAUUUUACCAUGUGUGGUACUCCUAACUAUAUUUCACCUGAAGUAGCUUCAAGAUCUGCCCAUGGUUUAGAAGCUGAUGUAUGGUCUCUUGGAUGUAUGUUGUAUACAUUUCUAGUGGGGAAACCACCAUUUGAUACAGAUGCUGUAAAAAGUACAUUAAAUAGAGUAAUCUUAGCUGAUUAUGAAAUACCCAAUCAUCUGUCACCUGAAGCCACAGAUCUCAUCCAAUCUUUACUGAGAAAAAAUCCUAAAGACAGAAUUUCUUUAAAAGAUUUAGUUAAACAUCCUUUUAUGACCAGAUCAGGAUUACCAACUAUAUCUAGAAAAAUCUCUAAAAAGUAUGCUGAGAUGUCAAUGGACAGUGGUCAAGGUACUAUGUCAUCUAGAGCCACCUCAACUACUAGUAGUAGAUCCAAACCUUUCCCAGCUUUUCCUAUCUCUGAUAUUUGUGAGGUGGAUGAAAACAAUGACAAAUGUAACAGAAAUACCAAUAGAUAUGAAAGUAAUGCUCAAAUGUUCACACAGCCUAAUAAAAAUUCUAAUGGCUGGUCAAAUGGUGGUACUUCUUCAAUCCAUAGCAGUGAUAUCGGCAAAGUAGUGACCACUGGACUUCGGUCAUCUACAGAUACUAGUAGUUCUAAUGGUCAUGUGACAUCAUCUAAAAACUAUUUAAGUGGUAGCUCAGAUCUAUCAUCGCAGGGAGACUUGGAUUUUAACCUUCAAAAUACUAAAAGAGUGCUCAGUUUUAAUUCAGACUCAAAAACAAACAGUAUGCAUGAACGACAUAAAAAUGAAAGUAGUCAUUCCCAAACUAUGGACAAGUUUUCACAGUUAAAAGGCCUUCCAGGACCUAUAGAGUUUAACUCUAAACAAAAUGAAUGUAAAAGUACUAAAAGUUUAGUGCAAGAUUUAAUGAGUCCUAGAUGGGAAGUACCGUCUGCUAGUAGUGAUAAUACUGUAUCUAAAGGUGGUUCAAUUGAAACGUUUGUCAAUCCAGUUGUAGCGGAAAGACUACGACCUAUUAGACAGAAGACUAAAAAUGCAGUGGUGAAUAUUUUAGAGUCUAAUGAAGUAUGCCUAGAAUUUUUAAAACAGAAAGGUAAAGAAGAAAAAGUUGUAGAGAUAUUUUUGAUAUCACCAGAUGGUCAAAAUAUAUCUAUGUGGCAACCUAAUAAUGGACAUGGUACUAGAAUAUCAGAUCAAUCUAAUCCACCAACAGAUUUACCUUCCAAAAAAUUUACCUAUACAACAUUACCAGAGAAAUACUGGAAAAAAUAUCAAUAUGCUGCUAGAUUUGUGAAUUUAGUACGAUCUAAAACACCCAAAGUAACCUUAUAUACACACAGAGCUAAAUGUAUGUUGAUGGAAAACUCCCCUGAACCUGACUUUGAGGCAAUUUUCUAUGAAGGUGCUAAAUACACAGCUAAUAAUAAAGGUAUUAAGAUUAUAGAAAGUAAUGGUACAAGUUUAACAUUAGAAUCAAAAGAAGCUGAAUCCAGGUUGUGUUUAGAGACACAAGAUUGUCUGGAAUUUGUUAAACAGUGUCGACAUCAAUGUCUAGAAUUAGAAACUGCUAUUACUACUGUACAGAAAACAGGCUUAAUGAAAGAACAACUCUUCCCUGUUAUUGUUGGAAGGAGACCAAAUUCAUCAGAUGGUAGUGAGAGUAGUAAAACACCUUCAACACCUGGUGAUAAUAAAAAUACACCUACACCUAGUGAAUCAGAUAGCUCCAAAUUUCAACUUAAAUCACCAAUGGUAAAUUUUCAAUUUCUCACUACUAUGUCACAUAACAACACAAUGACAUCACAACUAACAGUGAUGUCUAAUGCUUCUUCUGAAAUCAAUACCAGACAUUCUAGACAGGAAGUUGUCAGGCAGAUGUUUGUACCAAAUAUUGGUUGGGCAGCUCAGCAUGGUAAUGGGGAGAUUUGGGUUAAGUUUAAUGAUGGUUCACAGUUAAGUGUUAAAUCUUCAGCUACCACUGUAACUUAUAUUGAUCAACAUGGUAAACUUUAUAAGUAUCAGAAGAGUGACUUAUUACCUGAAACAGUCAAAUCAAAGUUGGAAAAAGUUCCAGUAGUAUUAGAGUACCUACGAACCAAAUCAUCUACCUCCAUGAGAUAA